UCCAAUCGCAUCCUGACUGGAAGACAAAAGCAACAUCAUCAUCCAUCAUCCACUCUGACAAGGACAACGCCAACCAAAAUAAAAAAAACAAACAGGGACAGGACAAUAUUUUUGAAAGAAGUCGGAUCGAAAGCGGCAAGAUGCUGGCCUGCACAGAGAUGAUCACCAUGUGUCUUCAGUCUGCAAAGCACGAACACAUGAGGAAACAGCAGGAGCUUUGCUACAACCAAAAUCAAGGCAUCUCCCUUUUUCACGAUAUUUUCCGCCGGGCAGACAAAAAUGAUGAUGGGAAGCUGUCCUUGGAGGAGUUCCAGUCGUACUUCACUGAUGGUAUCCUCACUGACGACCAGAUGCAGGAGCUGUACUGCUCCAUCGACAGGCAGCAGACAGACAACCUGGACAUUGACAAACUCUCAGAGUACUUCAGUCCACAUCUGGGGGAAUACGUCAACGUCCUGUCUGCUCUGGAUAAGCUGAAUGUGGCCAUUUUGAAGGCCAUGGAUAAAACUAAAGAGGAAUAUCAGGGUUCAUCAGUGCUGGGUCAGUUUGUGACUCGCUUCUUGCUGAGGGAGACCUCCACCCAGCUGCAGUCCCUUCAGUCAUCAAUGGACUGCGCUAUGGAGGCUGUUCAUGACCAGGGCUGUACUGAAAGGACGAUAGUGAAGAAACCUGAGGACCUGCCUAUCCAGAGGGUGGCCAAACGCCCAGGUCGACGCAUCCAGAAGAACAUGUGUCUCUCCCCUACUGACCCUUACUCUGGCAUGCUGACCACAGGGGUCAGCGUGGAGCCAGACAACCACUGGGGCUCCCAGAUCAACCAACUGGAGCAGCUCAUAGACAAACUGGAGUGUGAGAGUCCACAUCUUGAACCACUGAAAGAGGACACAUUGGCUGGGACGUAUAAAUCGAACAUACUUCUGGUCCAAAGACAAAUGUCUGUGAAGGAGAAGGAUGUGGAGCAGUUUCAACAAGCUCUCAAAAUCUACACAGAUACCACCAGCAGCCAGCUAAACAACCUGCAUGUCUCCGUUCAGAACCUGCCAGACAGAUCAUGCUUCAUCAUGUACGAAUUUUGGCAGGACCGUCUCUCCUGGAUGAGCUACCUGCAGUCAUCCAUCAGUAAGACCUUCCAGCGCUGCGUUAUCGACUCACUAGAAGAGCCGGAGAUGGUCUCCACCAUGCUCCUCCCAGCCUCUUGGUGGAUUAUGAACAACAACUGACAGGACAAAGCUGCUGCUAUUCAACACAACGUAAGCAGGAGGAAGAGCUGGUCGUGUAAUCGUUUGAUAUUUUUAUUCUUUUAUAUCCACUUUUUCCUCAUGGCAUGACCAGGAUUGUUUUUUGCAAAGCUUUGCUCUGAAGUUAUACAAAAGAAGACUGCUCAGAUAAGUCAGUCAAGAGUGGAACAAAAUUUAAAACUUGGAGAGAAAGAAUUAAGGUAAUGCAAUACUUUAUUGUGUGAUGAGGAUUUGUGCCAACAUUCAUUUAACAGGCACAUUUCUUGCUUCUGAUUUAAUAGAAACAUAAGAACUAAAAAAAAAAGAAUUGCAUGAUUAUUUAUUUCUCAGUGCUAGUUUAUUUUAAUUAAAACAUUAUCUUAAAAUAGAUAUAAUGUCACUGAUGCCACAAAAAUAGAAACACAUGAAUGACAACUGAUCUGUCCAUCCAUCACUAUCCAUCACACUUUCUUCAGUGCAGACAAAAACAGAAAUAGUGGUCGGGUUAACCUGCAUUUUACCCUUGUUCUCUCUGUGGUAUUGUGCUUUGUUGUCUCCUUCAAAGCUUUGCAACCAAGCGUCCUUUUGCUGAUGGGUUAGACAGCCAAUAGAUACAACGUAGUUCAUGAUUAUGAGAUAUUAUAAGAACGAUUAUGGUCCAUAUCUAAAUUUUUAUCAUCCGUGUGUCACUCCAGCACUUUAGAAAAAUAUGAGACCUGGACCUUAUUGCGAAGAACGGACAUUUAUUGUUGAUUGUCAGUUGAAAGGGUAGAAUUAACUGCUGUUAAGAGCUGCACUGAUGUGUAGGGAGACAUUAGCAGACAAUAACAAUAGAAUAAGUCUGCAGUUUGUCUGUACUGUUACUUUAGAAAUAAAACUCAAAAGCCAUUGUUUUACAUUUGCAGUGUGUGGUCAGUAUACAGUACACACACAAAUAGAAGUUUAUAUUUUGAGUACAGAAAUUAAACAGUUGGGUGUUAUAACAUUAGACAGAAAUUCUAUUUAGGUUGUGAACUGUAGUUAAUAAAAGCUGUAAGAUGUAAGUUAUUGUUGUAGAACAUUGGUAAAUGUACAGUAUGAUAGUAUAUUGAGCAGAGGUUGCUCUGGUAAUGUUGGGGAAGAAUGUGUUUGCUCUUUUUUUAAAUGUAUUUUAUCAUUUAUUUUAUGAAUAAUAUAGAGUUGUCAUGUGGAUGCUAUGUUUGUU